AUGGUUUUCUAUCAACACGGUCACCUCGAGGACAGCAGAUACCAGGCACCGUCGCAAGGUCCUUCGUUAAGCGCCCGGGCUACAUCACCAGAGCAGCGGCAAAGCGCGUUGAUGGCUCCCACGCAGCUUGAUGGUCAAUCGUCAGCAUUGCCUUUGUUUGAUGUAGACGCUCACGGCUUCGUUAUGUCGACGCUUCAAAAGUGUUGCCGUACCCUCCAUUCGGUGUCUAAGGAUAGGGAGGUCUGGCUGUCGCUGCUUAGGAGAUACUGCGACACCGUCAUUCCCCGACCUUUCUUCCUGCCCAAACCGGUGAAACUUUGUUCGGGUGAUGAACUCGAGGCUCGCGUCGUCCAAUGGUGGACUGGGUGGGAGGGACUGCGAUCCACAGUGCAGACGUUCACCACGGAUGGGAGCAUCCCCGACAUAUGGGGGCCGCUAUGUCACUUCCCAGGGGACCAGUUCUUUCUUUACGCGAGGCUGGACGGUACCAUCUUCUACUGCGACCCGAGGCAACCAAGUGCGCCUAUGCAUCUCCUCGUGCCCUCCCCGUAUUCCUCAAAUUCCCAUGUCGACGUCUGCGUGGCGUUGGAUCUACUUGGCACGCAAUGCAUCGAUGGAGUCGCACCCUUGUCCUCCGAAUGCUCCUUCGAAAAUCGCCUCUUCCCUCCUGUUUUCCGGCUGGCGGUGUGUCGCGAUGAUUGGAUAACUAGCUCUGUUGAGAUAUGGGAGAUAAGAACAGAGCUGGAGGGAAGGCGCACUAUUGGCUAUUCGGCUAGCCUUCUCAAGUCUUUCGUCGACGAUAUCUCGGCAACAUGCUGCUCGCUGCUCGGGAACCAUGUUGCGUACGGUACACAGCCCCUAGCGCACAAAACGAGGAUCGUGGACUGGACCUCGGUCUCCGACGGAGAGCCUGUCCGUGGAAUUGAUAUAGCAAUUGGGGGACCCGAUUACAUCCUUCUGCUCCCACAUCGCAGAAUCCUCAUACUCAGGAAUUAUAUCUAUAUUUCAGACUGGAGCACAUGGAAUCCUUCCGAUCCGCCAUCAUCCCAUUCACCGAUCCGUGCGCAAUGGAAGUCCUUGGAGGGAUACGACCAACCCCACUCUUUCGCUGUCCCUUUCUACAUUGACAACUCCAUCCGAUUGGUUCUGUAUGGCCUGGCGCUGACUGGGUUGAUCAUAUCCACCGACCCAGAUCUAGCGGUUCCGGCUAGCGUCGAGCUAACCCAACUUGCAGAGUGCAGGGCCCCUAUUCUAACUGACGAACGAUGGUUUGGUUACCGCAAGGGGGUGACUAAACAGAAGCAACGCGCCCAGCUCCUUUGCUACAAAUGGCCAGGUGACAGCCUACCAGAGGCCUCUUUCUCCGAAGUCGAGUUACCGAUGGGCGCUGCCUAUACUAUUUACGUCGACAAGGCACAUCCGCGCUCGCGAGUGGUUUUGUUCAUCAACGGUCGACCUUGCAAGACUGUUUUCUUUGGAUAG